GCUUAACGUUACUGGAUGGACCGUUUGAAGCUGGCUAACGUUGCACUGAGCGGCUCCAUAAAGAGGAAGAUGUCCACGGCUACACGGUUUCCCCUGCACUCCGCAGUGUGGGAGAAUGACUACAGGACACUGGAACAACAAAUCACGUUACCACAGAAUGACAUCGAGGCUGUGGAUCCCAGAGGUCGGACACCUCUGCACCUGGCUGUGUCACUCGGGCACCUGGAGUCAGUGCGAGUCCUUCUGAGACACGGUGCUCAAGUGACUAAAGAAAACAUCAUGAAUUGGACAGUGCUGCAGGAGGCAGUCAGCACCGGAGAUCCAGAGAUGGUUCAGUUAGUGCUUCAACGCAGAGACUACCUCAAAGCCUCCACUGCUCUGGGAGGAGUGCCUGAGCUGCUGUCAAAGAUCCGAGAGUCUCCAGACUUCUAUAUGGAAAUGAAAUGGGAAUUCACAAGUUGGAUCCCUCUUCUGUCCCGGGUUUGUCCAAGUGAUGUUUGUCGCAUUUGGAAAAGUGGCGCUAGCCUGCGAGUGGAUGCCACUCUUCUUGGCUUUGAAAACAUGACUUGGAUCAGAGGGCGCAGGAGCUACAUCUUCAGAGGAGACGAUUCAUGUGCGGAGUUAAUGGAGGUGAACCAUGACGAUGAAGUCGUGGACACUGAACGCUUCAACAUAUCCCAAGAAAUUGAGGAUGUCACACUUGAGUCGAUGCAGCCAGCUGAACAAGAAGUUGCCAAAAGGUUGACCACUCCAAUUGUAAACACAUACUUGGACACCAAGGAUAUUGCUUUUGAGAGGAACAAGUCUGGCAUUUGGGGCUGGAGAGCUGACAAAACAGAAAUGGUCAAUGGAUUUGAAGCCAAGGUUUUCAGUGUGAACAAUGUAAAUGUGGUAAUCAGGACGAGGACGGAGCAUCUUACAGACGAGGAGAAAGCCAGGAUAAAAAGUGAAAGGAACAUCUUGGAGUCUCUGCUUGGGACUGUGGAGCAGCACAUCAGUGCACAAGGGGACCUGACUCUUGAGUAUGCAACUGCCACCAAUCCCACUGCCAUCACUCCAGAUGAAUACUUCGAUCCUGAGUUUGACCUGGGCAACAGAGACAUCGGCCGCCCCAUUGAACUGAGCAUCCGAACACAGAAGUUCAAAGGUACAUUGUGGAUGAGUGAGGAACAUCCUCUGUCCCUGGUGGAGCAGGUGACCCCUAUUAUCGACCUCAUGGCACGAACCAGUUCCCAUUUUGCACGUCUACGAGACUUCGUAACCCUGAAGUUUCCUCCUGGAUUUCCCGUAAAAAUAGAGAUUCCCCUGUUCCAUGUGCUGAAUGCCAGGAUUACAUUUGGUAAUGUCAAUAAAUGCAGUACUGAAGAGGAGGCGACGCCAACACCAGCAGCCACGCCAACAUCCUCCGGAGAAGAGGAAGAAGCUGCAGCACUGCCUCCGUUUCAGGUUUGUCCUUCAGUGUUUGAGGUGCCUGCCAGUUACCACCGACGAGGAGGAGGUAACCGCCACACGCCCAUGUCUAACAAUGAUGAGGAGCUUUUGCAGUACGCCAUCCAUCAGAGUCUCCUGGAUUCUAACAGAGCCACAGGCCAGGAAGGCAUAUGGGGCGAUGCUGAUGGGGAAUUCACUGAUGUAAUGCCCAGUAGCCAGAGUGACAGGAGUAUCCCAGAGGGGGUGCUAGUGGAAUAUGAUAACACCACCCCCAGCCCUGUCAGCCCUGUCAGCUCCCCCUCUGCCUCAAGCCCCGACUCAGAGCUCCGCCUCGCCAUGGAGCUCUCUGCUCGGGCUCAAGAGGAAGAGGACAAGAUGAGGAAGCAGGAGGAAGAGGAGCUUGAGAGGAUCUUGCAGCUAUCACUCACCGAGAAGUAAAAGGAAUAAAGAGGGAAUAAUAAUACAACUUUUCCAGAUCCAGAAGCAACCACCACACCUCAAUUUUCCUUCCUAACCACUCUAGUCAUCUAUGCAACCGCAGGUUACUUUCUGUAGCAGAUCAUUCUUGCAAGAGGCAAUAUCAGACUCUCGCUAUCCGAUAUUUUCCAAAAAGGUAUUUUUGGUAAGAACAUACUCCUUUAUAUAUUUCUAUCUCCGCUUAGUGUGUUUCCAUCUUCAGGCUUAAUUCAUGGACUCUGUCAGAUAAUUUUGGGUCGGUUCUACUUUUUAUUUAUUUUCUAUCCGAAUCAGAGUCACAGCAGCAACCCACAUGUGUUUAUCACAUUGUUGUCCAGAGUGGGGUCAAAUCAGUGUAAUUAAGGUUCUAUGAGCAAAAUGAUGACUCAAGGUGACUUCAUGGAGUGUUGGCACUCAAAUGUGGCACUUAAGGUCCAGAGCACUGUUGGUUUUUUCACCUGUUUUGAAUGUUAUCAGCCCAUUAAAUCAUCAGCCUUGUAUAUAUUUGUAGAAGGUGCUUAGUUCACCUACUAUAUGUGCAGAAGGUCAUUAUCACACCGCUAAAUCUGGUUGUGGUUUCAUGUUCAGGCGUCAAAACUAGUUAGAGGGAAAAAAAACUACUUGGUUUGGUUAAAUAGAAAUUAAUAGAAGUUAAUGGAUUGGAUUAAGUACCUGACAUUACUGAACGUAGGCAUGUUACACAAUAUAAAAACAAAUUAUAAAGUUACAUUUAAUUUAAUUUGUUAACCAGCUACAAGGUGAUGCAGGGCACUAUUAACUAUCCAAAGUUAUGAGGCUGAUAACGGUCGUUCAAUAGCGCAACGAGAUUCUAUGCGGGUGUUUUGUUGGUUUUGUUUUUUUUCCUGAUACCUGUCGCCUGUGACUGGUUUUUAGAUUGCUCAAAUGUAAACACCCUAGCACAAUAGAAAGCUGCCAGUACAGUGGACCUACAGGGACAGAUUUGAGUGUUUUCACUAUGAAGUCUUCCUACAGAGUCGUUUUGAGGACCGUGGGCUCACUGAAUACCAGAAAUCUCAGGGUUCCAAUUUUACACAUUUUCCCUUCACUUUGGAGUUAGUUUGUAAAUCUAUCGGAAAUUGUAGGUAAAUGUUUCUUCGGUGCAAAACGGUAUCACUCAUGCAUAUCUGCCAUAUCAAUAUUAAUUCAGAAAGUUGGCUUCAUUGAGUCAUAAGUAAAUACAUUUUCUUGUACUUGUGAAUGUACACUCUGCAGAUGGGUAAACAGAAGCAUGUUGCUUUGAGAGAAACUUUAAAUCAGCUGCAUGGAAACAUAAUAUCUUCGCUGCAACAAGGAUGGGGGUUUAUCUUUCCCGGCCUAAUUUUUAUAUUGAAGAUUUUCUCGGAUUUCACGACGAGAAAAGACCUUUUUUUUUUUUUGUUAAUCUCCACUGAGCGACUUCACUUCAAGCAUUAUCACCUCAGCUCAAAAAGGCAAUAGCAGAGACCAGUCGGUCUGUGGAUCUUCAGCCGUCAUGCAGUUUCAAAGCAGUCACGGAACCAAUGCUGCAGAGAUUAUUCAGAUUCCUGAAGGCAGUCUGUUAGCCUUUUGUAGCCACGAACAACUCUUGACCUCUGAGCAGAAGAAAAGACAGCACAGACUCUUAAGAUCAAGCAUGCCCGCCAUAUGUAGGAUUAGCUUCUUCAGCAUGUGCCAAGGGAUCGCUUUGCUCUAACAACACUUGAUGGGGGCAAGAGGUGGUGACGAUUUAAUGUGGUGCCACUUAGACUAAACUUUUUGAACAGAUUUUUUAAAACAUUUUGUAACUUAAAAACAAGAUGAAGAGGUUUCAGUCGUACCAGGGUGAUGCUGAGUAACAUGCAUUAACCACUAUAGUUGAUUUCACUGACAACCAACCACUUAUUAAAGGUCUCUACGUAGCUGCGUCUGACUUUCAGGAGCUGCAGCUAAAAAAAAAAAAACUUUGGUAAAAAACCUACUUAAUAUUAUGUAACGAUCAAGUUUCAAAACUGCUGAACAGUCGACUUAAAAAAUGCUAGCUUCGGUAAAUUAAUGCAGGACUUUGUAAUGCACCGUUCCAGCUGCAACUUUUUUUUCUUUUUUUUAAAUAUGUUAAAAUUUUAAGAAAGUGUCGGUUUAAAAAUGUUGUUUCUAAAAUAAAAGCACUUUAUUUCCA